CCUUUCCACGAAGGGAGCUUCAUUUUUGUUAGUUACUUACUUUUUUGGGUAUUUAAGGCUGUUUGGGUAUUUAUUGGGAGGGCCGACUGGUCGAGGAGUGGAAUACAAAACUUCCUGCCUCCAGGUGAGGGAAGUCACUUCUGCAGGUGCCCCCCCCCUGAGAGGGGUCCCAGCAGAACGGGACUCAGCCCUCGGUUGUGCCCCCCGGAGCAGAGUGGACGUGAGCAGGACUGGAGAAUGCUUCUCUAGGACAUGCUUGGGCAGUGGACUCGGUGUCUUCUGCUUCUUCCUGGGACCAGAAGAGACAGCUCUAAGGACUCAUAACCUCUCCAAAGGCCGCUGGGAAGCACCAGGAGCUCCGGUCCAAGCGGACGGCUGUUCUCAGUGAAGGACCGUGCACUCGCUACUGAGGAGCGACCAUGGGCCUGCUCGCCUACCUGAAGACCCAGUUCGUGGUGCACCUCCUCAUUGGGUUCGUCUUUGUGGUGAGUGGGCUGGUCAUCAACUUCAUCCAGCUGUGCACCCUCGUCCUCUGGCCUGUGAAUAAGCAGCUUUACCGCCGGCUGAACUGCCGCCUCGCCUACUCACUCUGGAGCCAGCUGGUCAUGCUGCUGGAAUGGUGGUCCUGCACGGAGUGCACCCUGUUCACUGACCAGGCCACGAUGGACCGCUUGGGGAAAGAGCAUGUGGUCAUCAUCCUCAAUCACAACUUCGAGAUCGACUUCCUCUGCGGGUGGACCAUGUGUGAGCGGUUCGGCGUGCUGGGGAGCUCCAAAGUCCUGGCCAAGAGGGAGCUGCUGUUCGUGCCCCUCAUCGGCUGGACGUGGUACUUCCUGGAGAUUGUGUUCUGCAAGAGGAAGUGGGAGGAGGACCGGGACACCGUCAUCGAAGGGCUGAGGCGCUUGGCCGACUAUCCGGAGUACAUGUGGUUUCUCCUGUACUGCGAGGGCACGCGCUUCACGGAGAAGAAGCACCGCGUCAGCAUGGAGGUGGCCGCCUCCAAGGGGCUGCCCGCCCUCAAGUACCACCUGCUGCCUCGCACCAAGGGCUUCACCACCGCGGUCCAGUGCCUGCGCGGGACAGUCGCAGCCGUCUAUGAUGUCACUCUGAACUUCCGGAGAAACAAGAACCCGUCUCUGCUGGGGAUCCUCUACGGGAAGAAGUACGAGGCGGACAUGUGUGUGAGGAGGUUCCCCCUGGAAGACAUCCCGCUGGAUGAAAAGGAAGCAGCUCAGUGGCUCCACAAGCUGUACCAGGAGAAGGAUGCCUUGCAGGAGACGUAUAACCAGAAGGGCGUGUUUCCAGGGGAGCAGUUCAAACCUGCCCGACGGCCGUGGACGCUCCUGAAUUUCCUCUUCUGGGCCACGGUUCUCCUGUCCCCUCUGUUCAGCUUUGUCUUGGGCGUCUUUGCCAGUGGCUCUCCCCUCCUGAUCCUGACGUUCCUGGGCUUUGUUGGGGCAGCUUCCUUUGGAGUCCGCCGACUAAUAGGAGUAACUGAAAUAGAAAAAGGCUCCAGCUACGGAAACCAAGAAUUUAAGAAAAAGGAGUAAUUAAUGGCUGUGGAUUGAACACACGUAACCUGACGGUGGUGUCCGAUUAACUCAAUUAAAAACAGAACAACACAUACGGAGAGGACAAAAGACACUUAGAAACUAUUUUUCUUAUUAACUGGUGACUAAUAUUAACCAAUAAACUUGAGCCAAGAGUAAAGAAAUCGGAAGGCCUGCCGGAGAUGGCCGCAGCCCACGGCAGGGCUCACCUGUCGCCGUGGGAGAUGGGGCAGGGGUGGGGCUGGCAUCCGCUCUGGGGAGGUGGCUCCUGGGACACCAGGUCUCACCCAGCGUCAUCUCUCAAGGACUCUGCAGGCCAGAGAGAGCCUCUAAUGCUCUCUCUUCUUAAAGUUAGGUCCUGUUUUUUGCUUUUAUCCAUGAUUUUGGGAACUCGCCCUGGCCCCUCAACUCUUCCCUGGCACCCCCAGCAAAUGCUUUUUAGGACUCCCCCAGUGCUCCUGGGAACGAAUGUCACAGGGUCUCUGGCCCCCCAAGGCGGCCAACACCUUCACUUCCAGGCGGUGGGUUUGGGGAGCUAGUGGGGGCAAGGAUGCUGCCAAGAGAGUUCGCUGGGCGAUGAGCACAUGCGGGUGUCAGAGGGACUGGGCACCCACCCCAGGCUGGCAGCGGGCACAGGCUGUGCGGGUCACUCCCUAACCCUGUGCAGAGGUACCCAAGGACUCACUGAGAUGUGGCAUCCUCCCCGCACCCAGAGCUCCUCUGUCCCUUGCUCCCUUCGACCUUCAGACUGAGUCCCUCUGCUGGGUGCUGGGGAGGAGGCCACACUGGGCUGGUGUCCUCUCCCCCUGUGACCAGGAGCCCAGAGCCCAGAGGUGCUGAGUGCUGGGGAGGGAGACCUUUGCCCCACAGCCCCCAGGACCUGUGAUUCCUUCUUUAAAAGCAAGGUUGCCACCCAGUCUGUCUUCUAAAGGUGGUCGGAGACGGCCGACACAGAGCUUGUUGGCUUUCAGGGAUUUUGUUUUUACAGCUGAUCUUUUGGUGGCUCUCAAGGCCCUGAUGAAAACUAGAGGUGGUGAGCCUGUGUCCCUCCCGUGCCACCCUCCCUGCCCUGAGCAGGCACAGGUGUCCCUGGAGAGGGCCUGCCUCUGGCCAUGUGGGUGGCCUCUUGGCCUGAUGAGGCCUACACCCACAGGUGCCCAGCAGAGUGUCUUUUCAGGGCCCCAGCAGCCUGCGCGUGGCUGGUCCUCUCAGCAUCCUUUUUAGGCGUGGCCCUAGAGGGAGGCGUUUGAUCUGAAAAUGAAGGUUCGAUGUACCGAGGCCAGGCCGGGAGCUGCUGGGCCCAUGGAGGUGUGGGGCCGAGGGCCUCCCCGCCUCCUCCUGGGGCUCAGCUCGGUUAUUCCACUCCAUCCCACCUGCACUGGACUUUCUUCUUGCACUUUCAAGUUGGUUUUUUAAAGCGACAUUCCCCUCAUCUUUUUUUUAGCAAGGGAAAGAAAAUAACGGGUGUUCUCUCUGAUACACUGUAACCAGCAUUCUGAAUAGAAGCGGGUUGAAUUUUCUAGAAAAACAAAUAGAGGAAAGAGACAUGAAAAACAUUAGAAACUAUAUUGGAAAAAUAAUAAUGCGUUGGCCCUAAGUAUCUAUUUUGGGAAGAUUUAUCAGGGUGGCACCAAUUCUUCAUGACAGUGACACGCUCCUGAAUUUUGGGUUUGGUGACAGAGGCGUUCUUGCCUCUGCCCUAAAGCACAUCCUCCUGCUCCCUCUGGGCUGAGUGGCUACUGUAGCGUUGAUCUGCCUUUGCACGGUGUGCUGCUCCUCUGUUGUUACGGGUGUUCGUCGGCGUCAUUUGCCACGUCACUGGUACCUAAAACAUUUAAAAUGAGACAAGGAAGGGGGGGUACCCCUGGGCAGAGCCAUUACCAAAAAAAAAUUUAGGUCUUUUACCACUUAGUUACUAGUCCUGGUUUCCCAAAUAAGUUCCUCCCCCUCGAAAUUAAUACAUAAUGUGCGAGUUCUUGUCGAGUGAAUGAGCAGUACAGAUGCCUCUGUAAACAGAGACCAGGACCAGGGUGUAGGUUUCAAAUCUCAGUGACUCCUGAUUUAACACAGAGCAGCUUGUGCGUCGUGCACCAAGCCCUUUGGGAGCAAUAAAAACUACAGCACGAAUGUUCAGGCUUUUUUUUUUUUUUUUUUUUUUUUGAGAAGGUGCAUCUUGCCUUUCAUUUACUUCAGAAGAAGAGGGGGAGGGGAGCUCUAAUUUUUUAUAAAUUAAUAAAUUGCAGAAUAGUGCUUUUCCUUGUUCUUUGCCUUUACACCCACUCCCGAGCUCCAUCUGUUGCUGACGUUGUCAUGUCCGAUUCAGCUGAGUGUUGGAACAGGCCGUGCUGGUUGCUGCUGCCGGCAGGUGCCAUGGGCCUCGAGGGUGCCCUCUGCACUCGCUCUGGGUCAGUCCAGGGCUGGGCGGUGCAUGCUGGCCCCCCGCUGGGGCAGGCUCUGUUGCUAGCAGGGUGCCUCUGGAGCCAGCCCCCUGGUCUUGCUGGGGUGUGUGUGUGGGGGUCACUGGCUGCAUGUUUCUCAGCUCAGGGCAAGGCCCCACUCUCAGGUGCCAUGUUCCAAGUCCUUUGUCAUCUUCCACCUACGUAUCUUGGCCCUGCCCAGUGCAUGGAGUUUGGCUCGUGAGCCUAGCCCAUGCGUCUAGCUGGGGAGAAGGCUGCAGUUCUCUGGGCCUCCUCUGAGGGGUUCCAGGGGCUUCUAAGGUGACUGAUAUUUCCAUGGUGACUUUGUAGCAGCUACCAGCACCUGGGGACUUUCUGGCUCCCCUCUACAGGGUCUUUUUGAUGGCGUUGUGUGCAGUGACUGUGCCCACUGCUUGCAAGCCAGCAGAUGCUGGGGAAAGGCUUGGCCGACCAGAGGGACAGCAGGUCAUAGAUUUCUCUUUCUGUAUGCCCUCGUUUUCUCCAGACAGGCCUGGUGGAGCGUGGAAUCGCUCCCCACUGCUGAGUUUUAACCCAGAGAAGGAAGUAGCAGGGGCCGCCCAGGGCCUGGUGGCAGCGCACUGCACUCACGGCCCUGUCUGCGGUGUCGCGCGGUCUCCAGAAGCACAGGAUCCGGUCGAAGUGGCGGGCUCUGCACACAGAAACCACUAAAUGAUAACAAAGCAACAAUGUCCACAGCACAUUCUGGUAGAAAAACACACACAUUAAUGCAGGUGUGGUCACUGAUCAAUUCUGACUCUAUCCCUUCUGUUCCUGUCACCGCCUGUGCGCCGAGGCAGGAGGACCUUCCUCACAUUAACUAGUCACUGCGCAUGACAUUGAUCUGAAGAAAACGGCGGGUGCAGGCACGUGCGAUUCGAGAGCUGUUGCUAGGCCCUCCACACCCACGUGACUAAUGAUGAUGUCAGAUUUGGGGUGAAGAAUGAGUAACUCUCUGCAUGUUGCUUUGUCUCUGCCCAAGACACCUAUAGGAUAAGCCAAAUAGAAUCUUUCAGCCCAGCUGACUUUCAGCUGAAUCGUUCAACCCUGAGCGUGAGCUCACGCUGCGAACUUCUCACCAGUAGUGCAUGCUUCCCCCAGCAUGCAGCACUUAGCGUCCAGUGGUGUAAGUUGGCUUCCAACUCUCCUGCCCUGUAACCAGGCCCAGGACCGAAAGAGUUGGGCCUGCGGUGCCCGCCUGCCUUCUCUCUGGAGACAGCACGUCCCUGGCCCAUGUGCCUGCCCCUUUGUCUGGUGAGUUAGCUCACAAAGCGAAGGCCGGCCUCUCCGGAUGCCCAGGCCUAGGCCCUCCAACCCCACUCCCGGCCAUACCACCCACUGGGACUGGGCCGGGCUUUGUCCUAAACCCUGCUUGGGCUGCCAGGGUGCGUGCGGACAUCCGGAUUUUACCUUCCUGCAUAUCAGGGUCAGGACGCAAAAACACAGGGACAGUGUUUGGGUAGAAGGUGUCACAUCAAGUUCUCCUUGAUGGAGGGGGCAGACGCAUGUGAAUUAGGUUUUAGCACAAGCAGUUGCCACUAGCUGAUUCGGUGAAAAUGGCAGCCUUCUCACAGACCACUUGGGAAAUUCAAGGACAAUAUCAUUCCAGGGAACCCAGAAAGUACCAGAGAAGCUGACCCCAGUCAGCCCCAGCGGCAGCCACGCGUUCUUUUCCAGGACAAUUGGAUUGCUUUAAAUUUUUAAGCUUUGUAAAUGACAAGUUCACCUGGAGUUUUCUUUUCUCGUAAACUUUUUCAUUUCUCAGCUUUUCGUUGCGUAUUUGGACAGAAGUCAAACUGUGAAUGAGAUACUGAAAUGCACUAAAUUGUAUUAAACUGGAGUUACUUGAUACAAUGAAGAAAUGCAUCUGCUCUGCUUGUAUUUAUUGUCUCAGAACUGUUAUGUUAUGACAAUCAAAUGUUACUUGUCUAAAUGCCAGGAAAUUCAGCUGGCAUCUUAAUCGUACAGACCGUCAGCAAGUUUCGUACCAACUAAUCAUUAAACCCGAAGACCGUCAGCAAGUACCAUUGAUGGAAAUGAGAACUUCUCUUUGGGAACCACACAAACCGUCAAUCCCAGUGCGUGUGACAGACACUGGGGUCUUUUACUGUUGCCGACAAUCUGCCACAGCUGACCACUGGCCAGCUUCAAAGGCUGACACAUCGUCUACAGGGUGCAAAUGUCUAUGGACGUCCCUUUUGUACACUUCAUUUUUACAAGUUUGCUACUCACAACCUUUAUGUAGUUGAAGAUGGAGGUAUUUUUGGUCUCUAGGAGCCAGGGGAGGGGGGAGCUAACUUAGAUUUUAAAAGCCUGUGUCCCCAAAACCUGACUGUUUGCCCUGCUCCGCGAAGAUCACUCUGUACACGGCAUGCGUGAGCCGGCGGAGUGGCGCUGUGUUCCAGAUGAAUGCUGCAGGUGUCAAACUUAUUUAUUAAAGUUGCUGCUGUGAAAGAGAAGGAUAAAAUGCCCACAGUGUAAGAGAACGUGACUGUCUGUCUCCUGUUCCUUUGUGUCCAGUCUGCAUAGAUUUUUUCCCCAGGGAAGUACAGGACCUUGGGCGCUCACUGGCCUACCUGCCUGGCAGCUGCGCAGGGCUCACUGUGCUCCACGUCUUCCCAGGCUGCCUCUCGGUGCACUUGGGAGCCUCCCCUUUUCCACUGGAAGCCAUCGGAGGGGAGUUGGAGAAGGGGCGCCACCGUCUGGAGGAAGGCAGCUGGUGCAUGAAGUCUGCCUCUGCCUGAAACAGGCCUUAAAAGCCAUCGAGGUCAGAAGGGUUUCCAAAGUAGGCAUGUGUACAUCAAAAGCUAUUUUUUGUAAAAAUGUAUUCUGUGGAGAAAACCAAGGACUCCUUUUUCUUUCUUUUUCUUCUUUUUAUAAAGAAGAACACUGGUUAGAACCGAGAGCUAUUACAGGGUUGCACUGGUCUGUCUGAGGAAAAAUAAACUGAGCUAACAGA